AUAGCGGAAGUUGUUGUCUGGUAGCAGCAAAAGCUAAGUUUUGUUUCCUUUUGUCCUUCCAAUGUGCCAAUUCAGUCGGUUUUUCAGCGGAAUCACUGAGGUUUUUAUUGCUUAUUAAGUGUUUUUGUUUUUAUUGGUUACAUUAUUCUUAUCUGUCUUUUUUUCAGAUAGCUUAUCCUGUUAGCUAAACGGAAAUAGCUAUUUUCAUGGAGAACAGGCUGUUUCUGACGUCUAAGGAGAGAAAAGUUUCUGUUGUGGUUUUCUGAAAACCACAACAGACCUCCACGUCUGGAGACGACCUCGAAGUUGGGAAGAAGAAAGCUAUCAAAGAUGGAGGAACCAGCACAUGAUGUACAUCAGCUAAUAGUGAUUAAAGAGGAGGAGAAGUGGAAAUCAGACCAGGAGGACCAGAAGCCUCCACAGGUUAAAGACGAACAGGAGGAGAAAGAGAUCACUGAGUUCAUAUUUAAUCCGCUUCCUGUGAAAAGUGAUGAUGAGGAAGAGAAACCUCAGCUCCCAGACCUUCAUCACAACCAAACCAAGGAAAACAGAGACCUUGUUGGACCAGAAUCAGAAAAACAUUUAGAAUCAGAUGUUGAAGAUGAAACUUCUAAUUCUUGUUCAGAGUCCUCGGAGACGGACGUCAGUGAUGGAAACUGGGAAGAGAGCAGUGACGCUCAGGCAGGUUUGGGGUCUGGAACCAAUAACACAGAUCCAGUUUGUGAGAAAGAUGUCCAGGAUCUGAUGGUGAUCAAAGAGGAGAAGAACUGGAGUCCCAGACCAGACCAGGAGGACCAGAAGCCUCCACAAAUUAAAGAGGAACAGGAGGAGGAUGACAUCACUGCGUAUAUAUUCAAUCCUGUGAAGAGUGAAGAUGAUGAAGAGAAACCUCAACUUCCAGAACUUCAUCACAACCAAACUGAGGAAAGCGAAGACUUUGUUGGACCAGAACCAGAUCAACAUUUAGAAUCAGAUGUUGAAGAGAAAACUUCUGAUUCUUCUUCAGAGACAGAUGUCAGUGAUGGAAACUGGGAGGACAGCAGUGAAGCUCAGUCAGGUUUGGGGUCUGGAACCAAUAACGCAGAUUCAGUUUGUGAGAAAAGUAAAAUGUUACAUCGCUGCUCUGAGUGCAGUAAAACUUUCAGUCGCAGACGAUAUUUGUUAGAACACAAAAGAAUCCACACUGGAGAAAAACCCUACAGCUGCUCUAUCUGUGACAAAACCUUUACAUGGAAACAAUCUCUGACUUUACACAUGAGGACGCACAGCGAAGAAAAACCUUUCAGCUGCUUUGUUUGUACCAAAGCUUUUACUUCCAAAGCUACUUUAAAAGAACAUUCAAAAGUCCACACUCAGCAUAGACCUUACAGAUGUCCUGUCUGUAACGCAGCUUUUAAAAGAAAGAACAAUUUAAUCGAACAUAUAAGAAUCCACUCUGGAGAGAAGCCUUACAGCUGUCCUGUCUGUAGCAGAGCUUUUACCUCCAAGGGAAAUUUACAAAAGCACACAAAAACACAUGCAAAAGAAAGACCUUACAUAUGUUCUGUGUGUAAUGCAGGUUUUAAGAGUAAAAACACUUUAGUAGACCACACAAGAACGCACACUGGGGAGAAGACUUUCAGCUGCUCGGUCUGUGGCCGAAGCUUCAGCUGUAGGUCAGAUCUAACUUUUCACAUUAGAGGUCAUACAGAAGAAAAACCUUACAGCUGUGUGGUCUGUAAGGCGGCUUUCACAAGGAAACACACUUUAGUGGAACACACAAGAACCCACACUGGAGAGAAACCUUACAGCUGUUUUAUCUGUAAUGUAACAUUCAAGUGGAGACACACAUUCAGGAACCAUAUGAGAACCCACACUGGAGAUAAACCUAACAGCUGCUCCGUCUGUAAGGCAACAUUCAAGUGGAGACACACAUUCAGGAGCCACACAAGAAUAUGUGUAAAAACUAGCUGAGUGAAGUGUUCAUUGUAACUACUGUUAAGGUUAUGUGCUUUUAUUUUGAUAAUUUUGGCAAAAUAGCCAGAUAGCCGUACCUAUUGAAAAUGAGGUUUUACAUGGUGAAAUAAUGGUUUAAUAAAGGAAAUCAUAAGUAAACAGAAUCUGAAAAAGUUAACUGCAAAACAGAAAAAGGAUAAAAGGAAACUCAGUUUUUGUUUCAGUCGAUAAGGAAUAAUGUCAGUAACUUUGUAGUUUGAAUAAUUUGAGAUGUUUUAAGAACAAUCUGUUAUUGCUGUGUUAAUUGAAAUAAUUCCACUAAUGUAAUGAGAUACUAAUAACAACAGAGAGAGAAACAAUUGUAAAGAUUACUUAUUCUUUUCUAGCCUUUGUGUUGGUUGAUGAAUGAUUUCAAUAAAUAAUUUAACCUUCA